GGUGUCACGUGACUCCAGCAGAGCCUUAAAAGGGCCGCAAUGGGCCCGUGCUGGCUCCUCGCGGGUCUGCUCCUGGCUGUUGGCGCCGCACCGCGCUGGGUCGCGACCCCCGACACGGUGCGGCCGCGGGUGGUGCGGGAGCAGCUGCUGUGGGUGAGCGGGGAGGGGCACGGCGGGGUCCACACUUUCCGGGUGCCGCUGGUGGCCGCCACCCGCGGGGGGGCGCUGGUGGCCUGCGCCGAGGGCCGGAAGCGCUCGGCCGCCGAUGUGGGGGCCAAGUUCAUCGCCUGCCGCCACUCCCCCGAUGGAGGCUCAACGUGGGGCCCGACGCGGGUGGCUGCAGAUGAUGGCUCGGCAGUGGAUGGGCUGAACCUGGGGGCCCUGGCGGUGGUAGGGGAUGAGGUGCUGCUGCUUUUCGCCCGCUGCGCCCACCCCCCCCAGGCCUGCGGCCCCCCCAGCACCCACCUCCUGCGCAGUCGUGAUGGCGGCCGCUCAUGGGGACCUCUCCAGAACCUCUCAGGGGUGGUUGGUAGUGAGGUGUUUGCCCCAGGGCCUGGCUAUGGCAUCCAGAAGCAGCAUGCACCGGGCAGCGGGCGCCUGGUGUUCUGUGGCCAUGGGACACUGGAGCGGGAUGGGGUCUCACUGCUAUUGAGUGAUGAUGGGGGCCUGCGGUGGCGGCGGGGGGGAUCGCUGCCCGCCAUUCCCUUUGGGGCCCCCCGCCAUCCCCGGGACUUCACCCCUGACGAGUGCCAGCCCUAUGAGCUGCCCGAUGGCUCCAUCGCCGUCAACAUCCGGAACCAGAACUCGUACCGGUGCCGCUGCCGGAUGGUGGCGCGAAGCUGGGACGGCGGUGAGACCCUCCCCCCCGGCGCUGUCACCUUCGAUCCUGCCUUGGUGGACCCCGCGGUGGCCGCCGGGGUCCUGGUCACCGGGAAUCUUGUGUUCUUCAGUAACCCCGCACACGAGAGCCAGCGAGUGAACUUGACCCUGCGCUGGAGCUUCACCAACGGCACUACGUGGUGGGGGCAUGGCCUGCAGGUGUGGGCGGGGCCCAGCGGGUACUCUUCGAUGACGGCCCCACCCCCUGGCGCUCAGGGACACUCCACCUUCCUCUACCUCAUCUAUGAGAAGGGGCGGAGCCUCUCCACCGAGACCAUCUCAUUGGCCACCAUCAGCAUCGCAGGGGAUCCCUGACCACGCCCCUCGAUCUGGCCACGCCCCCUGCUCCUCAAUAAAGCGAGCUCCUC